GCUUUUGCACCCUGUAUUUAUUCGUUGCACACGUUUUGCUUCUCUUGAUCAUAGCUAUAAUGGAUGCGCAGCAAAAGCUUUUCUAUUCUGUUCUCUGCUACUUCCUAGUCUUGUUCCUUCUCUCAGGGCAACAAGUACUGGUGCAAGGACAUUUAACUUCUGAUUUUCAUCCCUCAAAGCUCUUUGUCUUCGGGGAUUCAUAUGCAGACACAGGCAACACCAACAAAUCUGAAUCCGCUUGGAAACAUCCGUAUGGCAUAACCUUUCCCGGUAAACCAUACGGUCGUUUUUCCGAUGGCCGUGUCCUAACUGAUUACAUUGCCAAGUUCAUAGGAGUCAAGUCUCCGAUUCAGUAUAGAUGGAGGAAAUAUGGGAUCUCACUAUUGAGAUAUGGAAUGAACUUUGCUUAUGGAGGAACGGGUAUAUUUGAUACUGUUGUGUACCCUGGCCCAAACAUGACCACCCAGAUCGAUUUCUUCCAACAUCUCAUAAAAAAAAAGGUGUUUACUGCUAGAGACCUGAAGUCCUCUGUGUGCCUUGUCAGUCUUGUGGGUAAUGACUACUUUACUUACAUUGCCAGGAAUGGAUCUGCACAGGGUUGGCAAUCAUUCAUUAUAGCAUUGAUCAACCAACUUGCUGUCAACUUGAAACGUAUUCAUGGCUUGGGAGUUCAAAAAAUAGCUGUGACAGGUUUACAGCCUUUGGGAUGUCUCCCUGCGAGAACAGCCACUUCCUCAUUUCUAAAAUGCAACGCAACUGAGAACUCUCUUGUGAGUUUCCACAACCUUUUGUUGCAGCAAGCGGUGGCAAAGUUGAACAACGAAACCAGUACUGGUCGCUCUUCUUUUGUUAUUCUUGAUCUUUAUGAUUCGUUCAUGUCAGUAUUGGAGAACAAAGGAAGUACAAAGUUUGAGAACCCGCUGAAGCCAUGCUGUUUUGGCAUAAGCAGUGAAUAUUCCUGUGGGAGUGUAGAUGCAAAUGGGGCUAAGAAAUACACAGUCUGUGAGGACCCCGAAUCAGCAUUCUUCUGGGACGCAAGUCAUCCUACGCAGCAGGGAUGGCGUGCUGUGUUUCCAGCUUUGCAAGCCACUCUUAAACAACUAUACCACUAGAGUCAUGACCUGCCUAUGCACAAAACAAAUGGACAAAAGUAUUCAUGUUGUGAUUUUAUAUUCAAAAUAGUAAUUUAUUUUAUACAAUUAAUUCAAGAUGAAUUCUACGUCUUUGUUUGUUUCUCCCAUGCAUGCGGGGAUAUAUGUAUACGUAUUUAUAGCCCCAGUACAUGAUGUUGUAUUAAUAAUGCAAUAAAAGAUUAUUUUAUAUAUGCA